AUGCCAGCCGGCCACGUGCGGGAAGGAGGCGAGAGCGACAGCCCCACCCAGGGGGCGGCGGUGGGAGCAGGGCAGGACCUGCAGGCACAGUCUUCACCACUGGCUGCCCAGGCGGCUCAGGGGGCCAGGCCCAGCUUCGGCCCCGCGGCCCCGGCUCUCCGUUCGCAGACCCCGCCGCACCCCGCGCGCCCGGCUCUUUGCCCGGAACCCCCAGACCAGCCCCGCGCGCCCAGCUCCGCGCGCCCAGCUCGACGCCCUCAGCCCCCACCCUGCCAGGAGGCGCCCCGGUUGGCCCCGCCCCGCGUAGGCCCCGCCCCAAGCGCGGCUUUUAAGCUUUAUAAAGUUCCUCUUUCCUACCUCGGAGGCUUAGUUUCACUGCUUGGACUUGGGACUCACCGCUGCCCUCAGCUCGAGUCGGGGCGAGGUAAGACUUGGGUCGGGAAGUACCAGGGCUGCGAGGCGGGUACCGCAGAAACCCGUCCGGGGCCCACCUCGGGGCAGCGCAGGGCACCCCAGCGUCGGCACCGGGAGGGAGCACGCCCCUCGAGGGAGCCCCGACGCCCACCCCAUCUGCUCUUGGCCGGGGAGUCCCGCGGCCCCAGCGUCCGUGGGUCGGCCGAGCGCGGGCCCUGGGAGGCCACGCGCGGGACCGGGUGUGAUAACGAGGUCGUCGGGCCAUCAGCGGCCGAGGGGGUCGUCGAAGGGACCCACACCGGGCGGCAGACUUAA